UAUUGAUUCGAGAUGUACUUUCAACAGUACAGGUUGUCAUCUACCAAGAAGCAGGUGUUUAAUUUUGUUCUGUUUUGAUUUCUUGAUUGAGUUCUUUCGGUUCUGUUCCACUUGAGAACUGAACACGAUAGAAUGUCGACAGACCGGUAAGGGUCGAUGAUCUGUUGUUUUUUAUUCCAUCCAAGUUUCGUUAUUCUUAUUUGUGACCUUUCUUUACCUCGAAAGUUAAUUCUUGUUCGGACUGGUCAUGGAAACGCUGCCAUGUUACCUCCAAAAUAUGUAGUGACAAUAAUUGAAUGUUGAUUGAACCACUCCAGUGCUUGACCUAUUUAACGAUGUUUUAAUCGUACAAGUGUUUACGUCAGUUGUUCAAGGAAGUUAACCAGCUGCUACGUGUGGUAAGAUUAUGGUGUCCCGCAAAGCAGUGCAAUGUGGCGGUGUUGGUUACCAGCAGGAGAAAGUCUUCAUUCUACCAACGGAACAACGGCGAAUCAUACCACUUGGAGGGCGAGACCACUUACCGCUGCGCUAAUGCUUAAGUAGGUUUCGUGGCUUCUGCUCAGUUACUUCCAUCCGGCGGGCGACGUGCAAUGGAGCGAACGGACAAGACCGCAUUGUCUUGCAGACACUCUUAGUACGUCACGGUUUCUACCGGAAUACAAAGAGAGCUGAAAAACAGCAGAGAAUCGACGAGCGCGUCGUCCAGUUUGAAGCGAGGAAAAUCGUAAGAGGGCGAAGUGUUCGAUUCUGGACUAGCAGUGGCAAGUCAAUUCUCGAGAAACUCACGUGAGAGACGGCAGUGAAUUCCGUGUGUUAUUAAAGCCUACGAAAAUGUAGACGGACGUCCUGACAAUCGAAUGAAGACGAGUUAGUAAUUAUGCAACAAAUAUUCAAAGUGUUUGUGUUAAUUGGAAGGCGACAGUGGCGCCGCGGGUCGCUGAGUGGGUCAAAAGGGCGGGUGACUCUGCUGUGACCUGACACCUGCUUCAGCUGACCUUCGACGAGCAGAUCAGAGGUCGAAAGGUUAACUCGGCAACGAUGAUCACGUGUGUACGGAUCGCAGUUUUUGUGGCUUCGUUUCAUUUCGCGUUGGAACACGUGGGUGCUGGAGGGACUCCAUGGGCCACCCCCGAUCAGGAGGCAUUGGAUGAGCUACAAGACGCCGACAUACUGAAGGCUGUGGUAACCUCGAUGCAAGAGUGGCAGAAGAGACACACUUCCCACAGGAGGAAGCGAGGGGACUCGUCUGUCUGCUACCCGGAGGUCGGUUGCUUCCAGGACUCGGGCCCGUUCGGGUACCUGGACAUGUUGCCGUCCCCACCCGAGGAGGUGUCCACCAGGUUCUUCCUGUACUCCGGCCGAGCACGAGCCAACUCUCCCGCCAUGGACGUCCCCUUCAGCAACCUGACCGCCGUCUGGCCUUGGGCCAGUAAGGCCUUCAACCUUUCCGCGCCCACCAAGGUCAUAGUUCACGGCUUCGGAGGCUCCUGCAAUAACGUGUGGGUCUAUGAGAUGAGGUCAGCUCUGAUGACGGUGGAGGAAUGCAACGUCAUUUGCGUCGACUGGGAAGCGGGCGCCCUGAUUCCCAACUACGUCCGGGCGGCAGCCAACACGCGCCUCGUCGGCAAACAGCUGUCCAUGCUCCUCCGGGGUCUGAACGCGCACCUCGGCCUGCCCUUCCACAAUGUCCACGUGAUCGGGUUCAGCCUCGGCGCUCACGUGGCGGGGUUCGCGGGGGCAGAGCUCAGAAAUCUCAGUCGGAUAACAGGAUUGGAUCCUGCUGCUCCUUUGUUUGAGAGUCAGGACCCUCGGGCUCGUUUGGAUUCGACCGAUGCCAUGUUUGUUGACGUCAUCCACUCGAAUGGCGAAAAUCUCAUCCUCGGAGGCUUGGGUUCGUGGCAGCCAAUGGGAGAUGUGGAUUUUUAUCCAAAUGGAGGCCGGAUGCAGAAAGGUUGCACGAACCUUUUCCUUGGUGCUGUAACCGAUAUUCUUUGGUCCGCGUCUGACGUCGAAGGCCGAAGCCUCUGUAACCACAGACGAGCUUACAAAUUCUUCACAGACUCCGUGUCCCCCCGCUGUCAUUUCCCCUCCUUCCCCUGCGAAUCUUACGACAAGUUUCUCGAGGGAAAUUGUUUUCCUUGCAACGGCGACCGACGAUGUGGUAACAUGGGUUACUACGCCGACCGUUCGAAUGGCAGAGGGACGCUGUACCUCAUCACAAGGGACGAGGAACCAUUUUGUGCUCACCAAUACCACGUGAGGGUCGAGAGCUCACCCAGUCCUGUCCCUGUCACCAGCUACGGCAAGAUCCAGUUAACGCUCAUUGGAAAUUUGGACAUCAACGAAACUUUCACCCUCACUCAGAAGGAUGACGACGAGCUGAAGGUUGGGAGUCCUCUCGCGCGCAUCGCCGUGCCUCACCCGGUCCUCCAGGAGCCUAAGAGCGUGCAGAUCACAUACACUGCGUACAGCGGCUGGAUAUCGAGUGGCCUCGCUUCCUGGAGCGUCGACAAAGUCACCCUGACAGACAGUUUUGGCAAGAGGUUUGAGAAUCCACCGCUUACUUUGACCAAAGAAUUUGAUUCCUUACGUGGCGAAUAAAGGAGUAGUCGAGGCGUCUCCCGAUUAUAAUUUCGACUUUGUGAUGCACUGAAGUUCAUUCUUGCUCUUAGGCACAUUCCGAACCCUUUGGAGCUCCAAUUAAGAUUGAUUUGUCGGAAAACAUGACGUUUCUAAAAUUUAUUAAUACAUUUCCUGUUUCGAUCAAAAUCAGUCAACAAUAAAAGUUCUGCGCAAAGGAAUAAUUAUCUGUUCAGCCAAACGAGGAAUCCUCUGUUAAGACGCCGUCGCGCACCGUCCACUCGGCCAACAGUAAAAUUCCCAGAAAACAAAUGAUUUCUAUAAUAAGGAUACGUUUUCUCGCUUGUUUUAUUUAUUUAUUAUAAUUUACUAUAAAUGUAACAGCUAUUCCGGUCUGCUAUGACCGGAAGACACUUUUUCCCCUCAACUACGUAAACCGGAGACUCCACUUCUAAUAACAGACUUAGUUCUGAAUUACGCGUUUAGAG